AUGGGCCCCCGAGCGCGCGACUGGACGCAGGGUCUGUCGCCUGCGCUCCGAGACGCGCUGGUGGCGCUCAACGCGUUGGCGCGCCGGCUGCCGGCGCUGUGCACAUCGGAGGGGCCGUUCAGGAGGGAGGUGGAGGCGACGACCGACCGGCUGGCCGCGCUGCAGGACGACCGGCUUCUCCUGGGCAUGCCCGAGAUGGGGCGGGAGCACCUUAUGGUCACCCUCUGCCACGUCGCCGCAGGCUGCUGCGCAUCGCAGGGCGGCGAGGGCAAAAAGCUCCCGAAGUGCGUAGACCGCCCGCUGCAGCUCAUCGCUCGUUCUGUCGGCCGACCGCCGCGGCUCGAGUUCACCGAGUUGGUCUUGGCGAAUUGGUGCCCCGCGCGCGACAUGAGGAGUGUUGCAGCCAGCAGCUCGUCGCGGCCGCCCGCAGCGGACGGGCGCCCAAGCCUGUCGAGCCCGCUCGGGCCGCUGAGGGUGGCCUGGAGGUUCUUGGCCUGCCCCGAUGAGGAGUGGUACCGCGCCGUGCACAUUGUCCUCCACGAGCAGGCCCGCGACCUGGUCUCGGCGAUCCGGGUGGGCCAGGUGGCCAUCUGUGACCAGAACGACCUCGGGGUCGUGGGCAGCCUGGAGUCCAUCUCGGCGUGGCUCAACAAGUUCUGCGACUUCUUCGACGGGCAAUUUGAGAACAAGGACAGCCGCACGGAGUCGGUCACGUUCAUGCGGAUGGAGCCGUUCAUCUCGCACAGCUCGUCGAACGACCUGACCCUGGAGGAGACCGCGUGCUGGGUGUACAUGAGCGGCAGCUCCCCGAUCCUGCCGGCCGUGCACGCCUUCCUCGGCGUGCGCUUCUGCGCCGUGCGGGCGCCCGCCUCGCCCGAGGCGGACCGCCUGGCGGAGCACCUGCAGCACCUGGUGGAGGAGUGCCGCACCCUCAUGCCCAGGCUGCACCGCGUGUUCGUGGAGGAGCUCGAGAAGCCUGGGGCCAGCCUGCGGCAGUACAGCUUCCAGCGCUUCGGGAACACGUCCGCAUCCGUGGAGCAGAUGCACGACCUGGAGGUUGCCUACAACGACGCCCUGAACGCCCUGGUGCGCUACCUGUCGCGCCGCGUGCACCUGGUGUCGCGCGCCUUUCCGGCCCUGGCGGUGCACUUCGGCAUCUACCACGGCGAGAUCGAGGCGUUCAUGCGCAGGAGCCGCCUGGAGCUCCUUAAGAUGCGCCGCCGGGCGCACCGGUGCUUGGAGAGGUGA